AUGCCUCAACCUGUUUCUAAUCAGAAGCCAGACUCCCCGAGGAUGCCCCUUGCCGAACCUGCUGGUUCAGUUAAGACCUCGGUUGAAGGGUUGUGGAUGAAAGGUGCGGACGGAGGUAACGAAAAUCGUCAACUUUUGAAGAGCAAGCCGAAUCUAUAUGGUGGUUCUGUCGGGAAGGACGAUGCGAACCAGGCUCUUCUCGGAGCCGGACAUCAAGUAGAGCCGGAGACCCAUACCAUACGCAACUCCUCUGUCGACGAUCUCAACACACGUGAAUCAAAGGGCGCAGAAACGGUACUUUCACCACCGCCGAAGCAUAGGCAUGGUGCUCUUACUAAGAAACUGUCGGUUGCGGCCCUGUUCGAUGCUACUGAAACUGGCUCUUGCGAUAUAUACACUGCCAGAGACUCCGAGAAAGCACCUACAGCGUUGUCAUCUAGCUCUCAUAAGCUUGACCUGGGCAAUGGACUGGCCCAUGAAGCCCAUACCAAUGCCAGCACCAAUGCGGGAAUUUUGAUUCCUGAGCAGAGCAGCAGUAUGCAGCACUUUGACACAGCCAAAUCUCCAGUCAGGAUGUUGGAAACUAGCCAUGACGUUUUUGUAGGUUCCUCCGGCUUUGAGAACAUGACCGAGGAAGACAAGCUCAAGUGGGGUUAA